CAGUGGACCAGCUACCCAACGACUGACACUCCAGCAUGCAGCGCGAGUACGAAGCCAUCAUUGUCGGCGCAGGUAUCCUCGGCUCAGCACUCGCCACAACACUCGCCCGUCAAGGCCGUCAAGUGCUCCUGAUUGAGCGCGACUUGACGGAACCCGAUCGCAUUGUCGGGGAAUUGCUUCAGCCAGGCGGUGUGGCUGCUUUGCAAAAGCUCGGGUUGCGCGAGUGUCUUGAAGGAAUUGAUGCCAUUCAAGUUCAUGGCUAUCAAUGUAUCUACCAUGCUGAGUCGGUCGGAAUACCUUAUACAAAGGAUAAGACGGAUAAACCGUAUGAAGGUCGCUCCUUCCACCACGGCAAGUUUGUCAUGGCUCUGCGUAAAAGGGCGAGAGCGGAAGAAAAUGUAACAGUGCAUGAAGCAACAGUCUCGAAACUCAUCUCAAACGAUACGUCAGGCGCGAUUCUCGGUGUGAAAACCACUACCGGCGAACACUUCUGGGCGCCCCUAACCGUUGUCGCUGAUGGAUGCUUCUCCAAGUUCCGAUCAGAUUUCAUCAAGCGUAAGCCAACAGUACGGUCAAAUUUCGUUGGGAUGGUUCUGCGUGAUGCAGAUAUCCCGAAUCCCUACCAUGGUCAUGUCAUACUUGGCGAUCACUCACCCGUUCUCGUGUAUCAAAUUGGAACACGCGAUACACGCAUUCUGGUGGAUAUUCAAGGGAAAUUGCCCUCUGCUUCAACAGGUGCACUCAAAAAGUAUCUCCAAGAGACUGUUUUACCAGAUCUACCAAAACAACUACGACCAUCCUUUGAAGCAGCCCUGGAAUCUGAACGGCUACGGUCCAUGCCAAACAGUUUCCUACCUCCCACCACCAAUGCUACACCAGGACUCAUUCUCCUUGGUGAUGCCAUGAAUAUGCGGCAUCCACUAACAGGUGGCGGCAUGACUGUCGCUCUCAAUGAUGUCGUUUUGCUCAGUCAACUGCUAAGCCCGCAGGCCAUUCCCAGUUUCACUGAUAGAGAAGCAAUUCUCAAUGCUAUGCCAACAUUGCAUUGGCGGAGAAAGCGAUUAUCUUCCACCAUCAAUGUCCUUGCACAAGCACUCUACUCCCUCUUUGCAGCAGAUGACGCACGGCUACGUGUCUUGCAGGAAGGCUGUUUCCGCUACUUCCAACUCGGUGGUGAAUGUGUUGCAGGUCCAGUGAGCUUCUUGUCCGGUAUCUCUGAAUCACCGGCUUGGCUGAUUCUUCACUUCUUUGCUGUUGCAUUCUACAGUAUCCUGCUGCAGUUCCGAAAAGCGAGUCUUGCAGCAUGGCCCAAGAAGGCUGUAGAGGGUGCAGGUGUGUUGUAUAAAGCGUGUGAGGUACUCCUCCCAGUCUUGGUGAGUGAGAUGAAAUGGUGAUUGUAGAUUUAGACACAGAGACAUGUAGCGAUUAAUGAAAGAUUGUAUCAUUUUGCUUCGGUGCGUCGUCUGAUGUAUGCUGCAACAGCCGUCUGUCCGCCAUCGCCAACGAAGAACAUGCGUCGUCCAGGAUGUUCAUACACCAAAACACCAAUAUCCCUUGCAUACUGCAGUGCUUCCUCAAAUUCAACACCCGUCUUGAAGUCUCGAAAGAGGUAUCCUGGUGUUGCUUUCAAUCGAUUCUUCUCGAGCUCCCAGAGACGAAUCUGAUCCACA